AUGAACAAAGACGUGAUGCAUACAACUCAAACGGAUUUCAACACCAAAACGACAAUUAGCAACCCGCCAAUUAGUGAUGAGAAGUUGUCACAAAAGCCCACUAAGAUUGAAAAGGUGGAACGAACAGAAAUAAGAACCGAAAAAAAUGAAAGAAAAAAGACACACUACCUUCCCCUCUUUCCUAGUAAGCCUCACCCAAAGCAACAAAAAGCAUCCACCGAGACAGUUUCAAAGUCACAAAGUGUUUUAAGAGACUUCCAGAACUACCAAGCAUCGCAACAAGCGAUUUUCAUCGCGCUGCUUUCUCUCACGAAUAACGUGUCAAUUGGAAAACCACUGAAGAAAAGCAGUGUCACAAGACAGUUCAUUCGAGUGGUUGUUGUUGAGUCUGCUGAUACGCACCAACGGAUAGAAAUUGAGAAGGAAGUUGAGAAAAGGUGUUUGGAGAAGCGGAGAAUCGACAUCAAUAACGGGGUCAGUGAAAAAACUUCUGCUCGACGAUUCAAAACGAAUAAACGAGCCGAGUCGAUGAAUAUACUCAUUGAAGAGCUCAGAAAGGUCGGAUAUGUGUUUGAGUCGAGACUGACUGAGGGUAAAAAGGACACUAUAAAGUUGGAAACUGUGUAUAAAGUGACAAAAAAAGACUCCGGCCCGUGUUUUGAUUCCGAGGAAAUAGAAAAAAUAGGGGAAGAUAUAAACAAGUACUUGUAUUCACUCGUGAGCCACUCGAAUGAGAAUGUCAUCGUUCACGAUAACAAAGAACUCAAGAAAUUGAUUGGGGUAGACGUCGACGACGAAACUGAAGAAACCACGGAGCUUACCACAAAUCAACCACAAAAUCCGCCACAACCACCGACCAACCUGCACUGA